GAUCCUAAGCCCCGAUGUUAGCUACAACAACAAGAAUUCAAAGAGAAAUGCAGAAAGAUAAUGGCCGAAGGUAAAUGAGAGAAAAUUAUUGAAAAUUAAUGGAGGCCGUUGGUGAGUCUAUCUUGGUCCUCCUCCAGACUUUCAUGGUUUCCUGUUCCUUCUGCUGCUGACAAACCUUUAUAAAUUGGUAGCCGUCUCCUUUCUCUCUCUGACAGGAAGAGGAUAAUGGAAUCCAAAUGCCUCCAUGGAUGCGCCCAUCUCAAGGUUCCUUUCCUUCCGAUCCCACAAGUUAAACCCGGAAUUGGAAAGAACCUCCGGUUCAUCACCAUCACUACCCCCUUCCCGCAACUCCUUUGCCGGCACAGACCACCACAGCCGAUAUUAUCUCUGAGCUUCGCUCCAAGAGCAGCCAAUGAAGGAACCUCCCACUUCGAAGCCGACCCUGCACUUAUCAACGAGGACCUGAAACCCACUAUGCCGAGCCAACGCACCUUCACCGGCUGGGAGAUGGCCAGCCUAUGGGUGGGCCUCGUCGUCGGCGUUCCCACCUACUACCUCGCCGGCAGCCUCGUCGAGCUCGGCAUGGCCUGGUGGCAAGGAAUCGCCACGGUGGUCGUCGCCAAUCUCAUCCUCCUCUUUCCUCUUGUCCUUACCGGCCAUCCCGGCACCCGCUACGGCAUCCCCUUCCCCGUCGUCGCUAGGUCGGCAUUCGGGAUCCGCGGCGCUCAUUUCCCUACACUCCUCCGCGCCCUCGUCGCCUGCGGCUGGUUCGGCAUUGAGACCUGGAUCGGCGGCCAGUCGAUAUUCGCCCUUCUCCCCGAAUCUGCGAAGCCGGCUUCCCUGUCCGGAAUCAUCCCCUGGCUCGGCACCUCCGUACUCGAAUUUGGUUGUUUCGUCGCUUUCUGGAUUGCGCAGAUGAGCGUCAUAUGGAAAGGCAUGGAUGGAGUUCGGGAUUUGGAGAAGUACUCUGCUCCCAUCCUCGUCCUCUGCACUCUUCUUCUUCUCUGCUGGGCGUAUUCGAAAGCCGGCGGCUUCGGCCGAAUGCUCUCUGCUUCUUCUUCCCUCACAGCUCCGGAAUUCUGGCGGUUAUUCUUCCCGUCUUUGACGGCGAACAUCAGUUUCUGGGCCACAGUGGCCCUGAACAUCCCGGAUUUCACCCGGUAUGCUAAGACGCAGGCCGACCAGGUUCUCGGCCAGGCCGGGCUUCCGAUCUUCAUGGGAGCGUUCACCCUAGUCGGCCUUGCAGUCACUUCCUCUACUGAAGUCAUCUUUGGCCAUGUAAUCACCAGCCCCAUUCAGCUUCUGUCGAGAAUUGGCGGUACCUUGCCUGUAAUCCUCUCUAUAAUUGGGAUCUGCCUCGCGACAUUCACCACCAACCUCGCCGCCAACGUCGUCGCCCCCGCCAACGCCGUCGUUAACCUUAGCCCUUCGAGGUUCAGCUUCAGAGCCGGAGCUCUGCUCACUGCGGUUCUUGGAAUUCUCUUCCAGCCAUGGCGACUUCUUCAGUCCAGCAAGAGCUUCAUCUACACUUGGUUGGUUGGUUAUUCCGCGCUAUUGGGACCCAUUGGAGGAAUCAUCCUCGUGGAUUACUAUGUUCUCCGGCGUACUGUAUUGAAUGUGGAUGCUCUGUAUUCCACAAAUCCGUCCGGCCCAUAUUGGUACUUUGAAGGUUACAAUCCUGCCGCAUUAGGGGCACUAAUCGCCGGCAUUUUGCCAAUGAUCCCGGGGUUUCUUCAUAAGGUUGGGUUAUUGAAAAGCAUCUCAAGAGAACUGAUGAUUGCUUAUGACAACGCCUGGCUCAUCAGCUUCUUCUCAGCUGGCCUGGUUUAUUGGUGCCUCUCGAGACUGGUGAGAAGAAUUUAUGAGUAAUUCAUUCAAUGCAGCUCCCCGCAUCCCCUUUGUAAUGGCAUACUGCAACUAUGAAGCUUCAGUUUGCAAGAUAGCUCAUUCUUAUCAGGUUGGUCUCUACUUCAGUCUGAAACAAGUCCCUGUAGUUGAGAAUCUCAAAGAUAAGAAGAAACGCAGUUCUUUCUGCUAUGCACUGUCAGAAAUUACAGGGAAGUGGAAGUUUCAGCUGGCAGAUUCACGUCAACAGCAAAGGAAGAACCAUUUCUAGCCAGAUAAAGAUCACCUUAUCUUUCAGCUCUCUCUCUCUCUCUCUCUCUCUUUUCAAAACAGGAGUUUUAUGUAAAAGUAAAAUAGUUGUUUAUUGUGGUUGGAACCACCAAAUAAUUGAUUCAUUAUGUCA